CAUAGAUUUUGCGACACCUCUAUGAAUUGUGAAAUUAGAAUUGCAGGGAGGUGGUCGCUUGUAAUUGUGUAUAAAUACCAUAUUGUCAGGAUCUUUGGACAUCAGUUGUCACACGGUCUUCUCCGUCAAACAAUUAAACACACAACAAUGAAAUCUAUUGUGCUGGUUUCUAUGCUCGUUGCCGCGGCGUUGGCUGCUCCUCAAGCACCUACCGAGCCCAUCCCCAUCCUCCGCCAAGACAGCCAAGUGAACGGUGAUGGAUCGUACCAGUAUUCAUAUGAAACCGGCAAUGGCAUCAGCGCGGACCAAAAGGGAGAUCUGAAGAAGGUCGGCGAUGUGGACGCUAUCGAAGUGCAAGGACAGUUCCAAUACCCGAGUGAUAACGGUCAAAAUAUUCAGCUGACGUACACUGCUGACGAGAAUGGUUUCCAGCCCCAGGGCGCUCAUUUGCCCACGGCUCCUCCGGUACCCGAGGCCAUCCAACGCGCCCUGGCCUACCUCGCGACGGCGCCGCCGCAACCUGAACAACCAACACAAUAGAUUUGUCGACUGAUCAAAUACUCAUAGUUAUUUUAUGAUUAUCGUUUUGUAUUUUUAUACUACGUAUUUAUAAUGCUGUAUUAAAUUCUUGUGAUAUU